AUGGCUGCCGACUACCCCGCCUCGAGUUAUUCGGCCUCUUCCCAGCAAGCGCCUGCUCCGGACGUUUGGCACACCUUCAGGGCGGCCCGUGGCCAUGACGGCGCAGUCCUCCUGCCUUCCGUCCCGGAAUUGGUGGACCUGGAAGAUCUUAGCGAUGAGGACCUGCUGGCCAUGCUCCGCCGGUGCUCGGCUGGCUUCUUGGCACGCCUGGCCCGCCUCAUCGGCAGGAUCCUCCGCCCGGUGCCGCAAGUGGUGACCUGCCACCUCCCUUGCGUGAAUCCGGAAUGCAAUCAGGUGUGUGGCCGGGUCAUCGACGCUGUCACUGGACUUUGGACUUCCCCGGCCUUGGUCCCCAUGACCUCUGCCCCCUCUUCCUUCGACGACCCCGCUGCGCUUGUCGCUCUGCUCAAGCAGUGGCACGCUCCUGAUGAGCUGCUGGAAGCGCUGACACUUAAAGGUUUCAAGUCCCUGGCCAGCAUCGCGUAUGCCAUCCCGCAGGAUGGGUCCCCCGAUGACUUUGUCCGGAAACUCUGGCCGCCGGCGGCUGGAUCUUCAGAAGCCAUUGUCUCUCCUGCUGCUGCUUUUGCACGUCGCCUGGUCGUACAAACCCAAGCGGUUGCUCACCCGCCUGCACCCCCUGCACCCAUCCCUGGAACCAGCCUUCCUUCGGCUCCUGCGGCCAAAAUCUCUGCCGCCGCAGCUGAGACCAUGCGAGAAAAGUUCAUCACCGAUUACCCGGGGGAACUCUUGUCCCCGGCUAAUACUCCCAGCGUCGAAUUUCUGAACCGUCUCCGGUCCGAACUUGAUGCCCCAACGUCGCUCUGGAUUCCGUGGCGCUUGAGGACAUCUGAGUCGGAUCUGCAGCAUUUCUACGAAUCCCGCCGGCCCCGUUCGGAUGCACAGUUGUUGCGGGGCUUGCUUGAGGGUGUCCCGGACCCUGUGGUGGCCCAAUCCUCCGCUCCCACCUCCGGCCCGGUCGAACCUACGUUGCGCCGCCAUCUGGGAUUGUUGGUUACAGCUUUUGCCUUCCUGGGUGACCUUCACCUCCGUGCCGGGAAAAUGCUUCUUGAAGCAUUUGUGGCCGCUGCCGUGGAGCAGCCUAUCGACACUACCCUCCGCCCUCCAUCUAUGCAGGAGGUCAUUGCUGCCGAACGCACCGUGUGGUCGAACGUUGCCACCCUGAUGCGCGAUGAGAAGUGGAGCCUCCCGGACUCGGUCACCGAGAUUACUGUCACGCGGCAUAUGCUCCCGAACAUUCUCGUGGCCCGGCCGCGCAGCAUCCCGGCCCCUCCGGUUAGGGAACCUGGACUCCGGAACCUUGACCGCACCCGUCCGGAGGAUGCUCCGGAACGCCCGCCCAAGAAACCCCGUCCCACACCUAAGGGUAAGGCUAAAGCCGAAGCGAAGGCCACCGGGAAGAAGCCCAUUUCCGAACUAUGGGACGAUUCUUGGCACUCCGUGGAUGAGUCCGGAAAAGAGAUAUGCCGCCGGUUUGUUGUUGGUCGGUGCAAGUUGUCCAACUGCCGCUUCAGCCACACUGCGUUGUCUCUCCCACGCCGUGCGGCCCGUGCCCCCCGACAUCAUCUGUUACGCGGCCUGCCGCUCCACUGGUGGUUGGACCUCUGGCUCCCUCGGACACUCGAGCACGGUCCCGCUCUCCGCGCCGGACACGCCUUGGAUUUUCCUUCUCUUUUGUACCACCUCGCGUCCCGCUGGGACGCCGCAUUGGCUACGUUGACACAGACCUUGCCGGAACCUGUGUCUCACCCUGCACCCUGCAAGCACCGUGUCUUUCUUGACUUGUUUUCCGGCUCCUCGGCGCCGCUCUCCCGGGCAGUCGCUGCUCUUGGUCUGGACCGCAUUUCCCCCGUCGAUUGUCUCCACGGGGAGCAUGUGGACUUGCUUGACCCCGACACUCAAACCUCCUUGCGCCGGCUCUGCUCCAGUGGUUUGAUUGCUGUGGCUGCUGCGGCUCCUCCUUGUUCCAGCUUCAGCCGUUCCCGUCUCCGUCCAGGGGGCCCGCCGGCGGUGCGCACACCCGCACACCCUUCUGGUAUUCCCCGGCCUUCCCCACGCCAACAAGCCGAGUUGGAUGCCUCAGACCGGUUGCACACAUUCACCCGGGAGUUGCUCACGCUCGUCAUGUUGGCUGGAGGUAUUGCCAUCUUAGAAAACCCGGCCUCCAGCUUACUCUGGCUUGUCCCGGGCUGCCGAUCCUGGAUCCGCCACCACUGCAUGCAUUCGGUUGAAGUUGCCGCUUGCAGCCACGCCUUGGACUACCGCAAAAGCUGGCUUUUUGUGUCCAACUUUUCGGAUUUGAGCUCUCUCGCGUCUGUGUGCCAACAUCCUCCCGGCUCUCAUGUGACUACUUCCGGACGCCGGACCGCCUCCGGUGCUUUCCUCACACGGGAUACCGCCUGUUAUCCCUCGUCACUGUGCUCUGCGCUUGCUGACCUUUUCAAGCCGUUGCUCUCGUCACACACCGGCGAGAUUCCUUUUCGUUCCUGGCAUUCGCUUCUUCCUGCCACACUUUUCUGGCCCAUUCCGGCGAAUCGUGUGGAAGAUGGUGCCGGCACUUGUUCAUCUGCCUCUUGGUCUGUUCCCAGAGGUGCUGAUUGCUUCGGCUCCCUCCGGAAAGCCUGGUGUGCCCGCAUUCUUUCAGGGGACUUCCUGUCCCAGUUCCAGGCCAAGUUGUCCUCCGGAUCCAAGGCCCCUCCGCUGUCGGACCCAGAAUUGGCCCCGUUCCUUGAGGACCUUCGAUCCUUCCUUCGGCUGUCCGCCCCGGACUUUGACGCGCUUUUGUCCAUCCCGCCGGGACAACCUUUCCGCCUCUUUCUGUUGGAAGCGCUGUUGUCUGUCUUCAAGGAUCCCGACACCUCCUUUGUGGACUUGCUCACUGAGGGUGUCCCCCUGGGCGUUGAUUCCGAGAUGCCUUCCUGUCCGACCCUAUUUCCCCCGGCCGGACAGUCCGCUCCCACUAUGGACUUGACACAUUGUUCCUCUUCUUGGGGCUCCGCUUUGUCGGAUCAAGCAUCCGUGGAUAGCCUUCUCUCCGAAGAGAUUUCAGAAGGGUGGGUGCGCGAAGUUCCCGGUGGACUGGACGAGCUUACAGCCCGUUACCAGCAGACUGCUGUUGGGAAGCUGGGCUUGGUCAAAUCCCCCGGCCGGCCGGAUCGACUGGUCGUCGAUAGCAGUGUUUCCGGUGUGACCGAACACACCUCACUUCCCAACAAGUCCGCAAAUCCGUCCAUCUCCGGUCUUCGCCAGUGCCUUCCGCCGGAGCACGCCAUAGAAUGGCUCAUCGCGUUGAUUUUGGACGUCAGCAAAGCCCACCGCCGGAUCAAAAUCCGUGACUCCGACCGUGGCCUUUUGUGCUUCUUUCACCGGAACCGGCUGUACCAAUGCUUAACGCUUAACUUUGGCGCACGCGCCUCUGGCUUCUACUGGUCCCGGAUGGCCGGCUUGCUGACCCGUCUACUUCACCGCCUGGUCUUUGUCAAGCAUUGCCUGCUGAUAUAUGUUGAUGAUUUGAUUGCUCUGCUAUCCGGCCCGUCCGGCCCGGUGUGGGCAGCAUUGAUGUGCAUCAUGUUGCUCAUUCUCCGCGUUCCGAUGAGCUGGCAUAAGGCCUACUUGGGCCCCCGGCCGACGUGGAUUGGCUGGUCUAUCUGCCUCCACUCCCUUUCUGCCACCAUGGAAGCUCCUAAGCUUGACCGGCUGCGGGACCUCCUGGCCAAAAUCCGGGGGUCAGAUUCUGUCCCGCUGCAUCUUCUCCGCAAGCUCACCGGCAAGCUACUGUGGGUCUGCUCCCUGUUUCGGCCUUUUCGUCCCAGUUUGGCUCCCCUGUAUUCCGACCAGGGCAAGCCCCCUGUCGUACAUGUUGCUCUGAGUCCGGAGAAAUGGGCUUCCUUCCGCUCCAAGCUUGACUCACACCUUGUUCUGCAGUCUGACGUGGGUCUCGCAUCCUGUCCGAAGUUAUGCACACUGAUUUCGGUAUCGGGCCGUGAGGUAUCCUCACUUUCCCAGGUCCCGGUGUCCUUUCCUGGCGAACGCCGCACCUGGAUUUCCGUGCGUAUGCCACCUGAAUCCGACCGGAAGCUUUCCAAAGAAUCCUUGGCGGUGCUGGACAUGUGGCACGCUUGCCUCGCCGAUGCUGCCCCUACGUUCCCGCUGCCCCUGGCUCGUGAAUUCCCCUGCCAGGCUUUCGCGGACGCCUGUGCCGAUGCACAGCAUGCCGGCAUCGGUGGUUUCGUCACGCUUCCUUCCGGCAAGACUGCCUGGUUUCAACACCGGUUUUCCGCUUCGGAGCUCGCUGCCUUAUUCCCCUGGUUUCCGGUUGGCACUUCUCCGCAAGCCUGCAUUGCUGCCUGGGAACUUCUCGGACAGAUCGCUCUCCUUUGGGUGAUUGGUCUCUUGAUUCCGGUUUCCCUUCACCCCAUCCACGUUGUCACCCGCUGUGACAAUUCCCCUUCCGACUCUGCCUCGUGGAAAGGCCUCUCCACUGCCCGGGGAAUUUGUUCCCUCCUUCCGGCCUAUUUUGCCUGGCAGCGUGCAUUCUGCAUAUCUACUUAUAUUGACCAUGUUCCGGGUUUCCAGAACACUGUUGCCGACGGUCUUAGCCGAGGUGCUGACCCGGCCACCUUUGGACUCCGACCUUGUGACCGGGUGGAUAUUCCGUGGGCCCUCAUCUCUCGGCCUCCUCGGCCUUCAUACCAUCCGUCGAGUGCCCUGAACCUGUCCCUUUUUCCGGCUAUGGACUUCUAA